GCUGAAUGCUCGAGGCUGAUUGGAGAAAAGCUUUUCUACGUGCUUGGGCCAAACGCUGUCAUCUCAAUCUUUCAGGCUUGACUCAAACGAAAGCAGAUCAAAAUGGCGAGCGACCUCAGCGCCGUCCAGGCGUCUCUCGAGGAGCUGUUGGCUUCGACCAAGGUCAGCGCACUCAUGACGGAGAAGCGCGAGGUGAUUGCCGUGCGCGAUGAUACCAACCUCUUGGAGGCCGUCAAGCUCAUGGCUGCACACAAUGUUGCGGCAUGCCCGGUUCGAUCCAGCCAAGCACCCGAUGGUACACCAUGGCGCGAGGCCUUUGUUGGCUUUCUCGACACACUCUCCAUCGUCUAUUAUCUCUACGAUACACUCGAGGACAUUGAAAAGAAUGGCGGCAACGCCGCACACCUACAGAAUGACCACCGAGUCGUCGGGGUGCCAGUCUCCAAGAUCAUGGACACGGCUACCCAGGGUCCCUUUGUGCCGCUCACGCCCGAUCACACACUCCGGGAUGUCAUGCUCAUCAUGGGCCGAUUUGGCCUGCACCGGUUGCCUGUCGUGUCGGGGGACAAUGUGGUCGGCAUUAUUACGCAGCAGAAGCGCAGCGUCUUCUCAAUCACACACGAUGCCUCUCUCAAGCAAGCCAUCGAGAUGAUUCGCACACAGAAUUUGUCAGCAGUGCCGGUUCUUGGUGUCAAGCAGGAGUUGGUGGGCAACGUAUCAUCGCGUGAUCUGCGCAACCUGGUGACGCAUGGUGGCCUCUUUUCCCUUCUGCAUGAGCCUGUUCGGAAAUUUAUCGAUGCCAUCACUGCGGCCGAGCAUGAGGCAAUGAAUCCCGCCAUUGGAUGCAAGACGAACCACAGUCUGCAGCAAAUUAUGCAGCAGCUGGCUGUAUCAAAGAUUCAUCGCAUCUACUUGUGUGACGCGCAUGAUCGCGUCCUGCGGGUGGUAUCGCUCUCAGACAUUCUCAACGUGUUUGUGCAAGAAGACGCGGGUUACCUGGCUGCCUCAUUCAACCUCGAAUAAUCGGUCUCAGACCGACAGGGUCUACAAGAAAGCGUGCUCAGUAUAUCAAUUGUCAAACCGAUUUUGGCGCAGCAUC